AUGCGUCGAGGUCGUAGCUCAACGCAUGCUGGUUCACAUACCCCUGCAUCGGGGGCUGCAUCGGGGGCAGCAGGUCAUAUCCACCGCUCGCCGACCCCUACAAUUGUCACUAACACUUCCGCAGAUUCUGCCAACAGCUCUGAGAGUUCGACUCGACGUCAGACCCGAUCCAGCUCGGCCAGAAAACCACCAACGGGUGACAGCAUCCAUGUGGCGCAUGCUGCUCGAGAUUCCGACCCGGUUCAGAGAAAACCUAAUGGCAGGCCUUUUCGGGCAUCUCUGCCUGCUGCAUCUCGGCCUGCUGCCUCUUCUGUUCCUGCCUCUCUGCCGAUCGAUGCACCGCCUCUCAGCAUGAAGCGAACCCGCAGCAGGCAGAGUAAAGCGUCAAUCGCCGAUGGAGAAUCCAUUUCGUCUGUCCCAACGCCUGCAGAUGCCUCGACCGACGGCGAGUACUCUACCCCCGCAACGAGUAAGCUCCCGACGCCUGUUGCUGCCGAUGGACCGUCUUGCCAGUUUCCGCAGCGUUCUUCGACGCUCGAAGUCAGGAUUCCUUCCAAGACUCACCACUCUGCUGCCGACAGCGAGAGGGCGCUGCGAAAAAGCGUGUACUCGUUGAAUGCAAACCCAAACAAGAUGGCCUCAGAGAUUAUGGACCCGGACGACGACGACAUUUCCGAUUCAUCCCCCGACGCUAAAGUUGCUCGUCGACUGCAGCGCAGAGAAUAUUCCAGUCUGGUGAAUGCUGCCGCUUCGAAAUCGACGGCUUCUCGCAGGAAUAGUCGAACCAUAGCGCCUUCUCCUGCGCUGCCCGCGUUACCCUCCAGAGUAGUUCCGAAGCGUGGCCGGGCUUCGAUCGGCUCCUCCGUUCUUGAAGCGCCCCCCACUAAGAAGUGCAGGGUCAUACCAGACUCCGACGCCGUUACGGAUCUUGAUAUUGAUAUAGAUGCCGAGAUUGCUGCUGUUGCUGCUCUGGACUCCGACGAGCUUCCUUUUCUUUCAGACGAUGAGAUUUCGUUUGUUGAUGAAUCGAGCGGCCUGAGCAACGAUUCAGCCUCCGACAGUGACAGCAUGCCGCUGGCACGAACGAGAAGGCCGCCGGCGCCUGCGACGAAAGCAACACGCUUAUCUCGUCGACGUGCUCCGCCAGCAAAGGCUAGGAAUGAAAGUUUGCCCGGCUUUCCCGCGGUGCCUAUCGGAAGGGGUUUGAAUGAUGGUCAAGAUGCCGCGCAUGAUACCGAGGAUGAAUCGGAGUUUGAAUUAAGUCCAGCGCCGACACCAUCUGCUGGCCUCGGCUCCGUUGCCCCUAGCGAUGCUGAAGACGAUGACGAGUGGCAGAUUCGGCGCAUCGCAGCCCAGCGUCGCGGGUUUCGUUCCGGUAAUGAUCGACGCCUUAAGAAGGAACGUUCUCGAUUGGAAACCCAUCACCCUGAGCUUUCCACAAUGUGGAAAGAGUUGGAGGCCAUGCCUGUCCUCAAUGCGGGCAUUGCCAAGCAGCCUCAAAAUAUUUCCCGUCAACUAAAGCCAUUUCAACUCGAGGGCCUCGCCUGGAUGAAAGAAAUGGAGACGAUGGAAUGGAAGGGCGGUCUGCUCGGUGAUGAGAUGGGGCUCGGCAAAACCAUCCAGGCCGUCUCACUCAUCAUGUCCGACUACCCGGCCAAGCAGCCAUCAUUGGUCCUCGUCCCGCCCGUUGCGCUCAUGCAAUGGCAAUCGGAGAUCAAGUCGUACACCGACGGCACCCUCAACACCUUCGUUUUCCACGGUACAAACCAAAAGGCAAAGGGCAUCACCGUCAAGGAACUCAAAAAAUACGACGUUAUUAUGAUGUCGUACAACAGUCUCGAAUCCAUGUACCGAAAGCAGGAGCGCGGCUUCAAGCGAAAAAAUGGCAUACAUAAAGAAAAGAGCGUCAUACACUCGAUACGCUUCCACCGCAUCAUUCUGGACGAAGCUCAUUGCAUCAAAACACGAACGACGAUGACGGCAAAGGCCUGUUUUGCCCUCCAGACGGAGUACCGAUGGUGUUUGACUGGAACACCACUUCAGAAUCGAAUCGGCGAGUUCUUUUCCCUCAUCAGGUUCCUCAACGUCAAGCCGUUCGCCUCGUACCUUUGCAAACAGUGCCCAUGCUCGGCGCUCGAGUGGGUGAUGGACGAUGAUCACCGCUGCAAGAGCUGCCGCCAUCCCGGCAUGCAGCACGUCUCCGUCUUCAAUCAGGAGCUGCUGAACCCGAUUCAAAAGUAUGGCAACGCGGGCCCCGGCAGAGAAGCUCUCCGGAAACUCCGGCUCAUGACGGCUCGAAUCAUGCUGCGGCGACUCAAAAAGGACCACACCAACUCGAUGGAGCUCCCGGUCAAGGAGGUGUACGUGGACAGGCAAUUCUUUGGCGAGGAGGAGAAUGACUUUGCCAAUAGCAUCAUGACGAGCGGACAGCGGAAGUUUGACACCUACGUCGCCCAGGGUGUCCUCUUGAACAAUUACGCCAACAUUUUUGGCCUCAUCAUGCAGAUGCGCCAGGUUGCCGACCAUCCCGACUUGAUCUUGAAGAAGAACGCCGAGAGUGGCCAGAACGUCCUCGUCUGCUGCAUAUGCGACGAGCCGGCCGAGGACACGGUUCGCAGCCGCUGCAAGCACGACUUUUGUCGAGCCUGCGUCGCUAGUUACAUCCGGUCGACGGACGUGCCCGACUGCCCCCGAUGCCACAUUCCGCUGUCGAUCGAUCUCGAGCAACCGGAGAUUGAGCAGGACGAGACGCUUGUGAAGAAGAACUCCAUCAUCAACCGCAUUAAGAUGGAGAACUGGACAUCAUCGUCCAAGAUCGAACUUCUCGUCCACGAACUCCACAGGCUUCGCUCCGACAACGCAUCCCACAAGUCCAUCAUAUUUUCCCAGUUCACGACAAUGCUUCAGCUCAUCGAAUGGCGUUUGCGUCGAGCCGGCAUAACGACGGUCAUGCUGGACGGUAGCAUGACGCCCGCGCAGCGCCAGGCUUCGAUCGAGCAUUUCAUGAACAACGUCGACGUGGAGUGCUUCCUCGUCUCGCUCAAGGCGGGCGGCGUUGCUCUCAACCUCACCGAGGCCUCCCGAGUUUUCAUCGUAGAUCCAUGGUGGAACCCUGCCGCCGAGUGGCAGUCGGCUGACCGUUGUCAUCGCAUCGGCCAGACACGACCUUGCACCAUCACCCGCCUCUGCAUCGAGGACUCUGUCGAAAGCCGAAUGGUGCUCAUUCAGGAGAAAAAGACGAGCAUGAUUCACUCGACGGUCAAUGCCGACGAUAAGGCUAUGGAGUCUCUCACUCCGCAAGACAUGCAGUUCCUCUUCCGUGGCAGCUAA